AUGUCUCGAGCAGCUGGAAUUGAGCAGGAGAACGACUCGCAGUUCAACCUGCUGGCCAACAAGAUUUCCACGUUCAGAAAUAUAGCCAAUGACAUCAACAAUUACGCGCAAGAGGACUCGACGACGCUGUCUAACGUGUCGAAUGCCAUGAACGCGCUCUUCGAGAACGUCAAAACAACCUCCACAAAACUGUCGAGAGUAAUCGCCAGCAAGCCGCAGAUGUUCCGCAUGGUGCUGGUUGUGUCUUCCUCCAACAACAUCCUGGCCCAACUUAUAGUUGCCAAUGGCAUCGCCCCAUCUGACCUUGGACCGGUUGAUAGGCAGCUGUCUUCUGAGGUUCUUGAACAAAUCGUCGUUCAGUUUCGCAAACUUGUUCAACACCGCGAUCUCGUACUUGUUUUCCGCUUUGGCAAUGGUGUCAACCACAGAAGCCCCGGCUUUUUCAUUCACCUUGGUUCCGGAAUUCAGUACAAUGUUCCCAUCUUCAUAAUAAUGGAUCUUGACUCUUAUCUCCCCCGCCAGCUCGUUCGUGCUGGAAUUGUACUUGUAAAAAGACUGCCAUCUGCCGUUGUAGAAGUUGCCGUCGUUCAGGUUCUCGUCCACAAUGAUGAAAUAAAAAAUGUCCGAGUCGGUCUCGUCCUCCACCACAACCGACUUGUAGAACGUUGGGUAGUGUUGCGAGCAGUACUCGGCCAAUUGCUCGUUAUAUUUCGCCAGCUGGCUGGACAGUGGGGCGCGGCCGGUUUCCACGUCAAUCACCUUGAGGGCGUCGAAAUCGUAGUCAAACGUCAGGUCCAGGCUCGGGUCGUAAAACUUGGCUCCCGACUUGUUGUAUUUCGAAACAAGCACAAACUGGUCGUCGUUUAUUUUAACCAGCUUAAAGUCCUUGUUCAGGUAGAAUUGUUCCAGGUUGGUGGCAAUGAUCUUUCUGGAGUCCUCGUUGUUCAGCAACACCUUGAUAUCAUUGACCAGAUUGAGCUCCCCGUGGAGCUACAGCAAACGGUGCUGGAGUUUGUCAACUCUGGAACCCUCAUACAGUUGCUGUUGCACCCCGGGCUCCAGUUCCCGGCGUUCCAGGUCCUGCGCAAAGGGAUCGUGCUGAUCCCACAGGAGAUCAAGAGUUCUGAAACAAACAAGGUUGAUAGAUCGAUUAUUAGCGGGUCGAAGAACUACUGGCAGUUGAAGCAAUAUCUUCAGCAGACUCGUCAGCGUUUGCUGUUUGUGGAGAUUUACUGGAAGCUGGACCUGGACAAGAUCGAGUUCAUGCUCCAAAACACAAAUGGGAUCAAGAUCGGGUGCCCUUAUUUGGAGGAAUUGUAUUUUUUCAGAAACGGAGCGUAUAUCAACAAGGUUCGGUCGUUGAAAGGUCUGAUUUUGUGUUUUGGACUCUCCAAGUUAAACACCAGUAAAGAGCUUCUUACUAAACUUACCCAAUUGUCGGAGCUGGAUGUUUGCACAAACUCGACAAUGUACCACUCUCGAGAAUACGAAAAAGUUCUCGAGAAUAUCAUUCGCAUGAACCCCAACAUCCAAACGGUCAAGCUACGGAUCGAUACAUUGAUCUCGAGCCCAUUACCAUCCUACUUGCAAACGGUUAAUGAAAUGAAAAUUAAAAAACUCAUCAGCAUAAAUCUGAAAGAUAGUUCACUGAUUGGCCUUAAUGUGGUGAAUUCACACUAUCCUGUUUUCCACAACGUUCUAUCUGCACUAAACACGAUAGGAAUGAAAAAUAUCUACGAGCUAGAUCUAUCAUUGAAAGAAGAUAUCGAUGCACGCCAAUCAAAUUUGACAUGGGUUCAAGAUAUGCAUAAUCUAACCAGCCUUACAAUCAAGGUCGUGGGCAACAAAGCACACGCUAGUAAUUACGUUAUUGGGCUACAAAGUCGGAAUUUGAGAUCAUUAACAGUUAGUGGAGUGUUACUAACCCAAAGCGGGGACGGAUUUUGCCGAUUGAAGAGCCUGAAGACCCUUACUUUCUCGAAUUGCACGUUGUCGCAGGAAGCAUCCACAAUACUGAAUUCGGGAUUAUCCAGACAUUUGGAGAAUCUAUGUUUGACAAAUUGCAUAAUGGAUUGGACAGUGGUGGAAUUUCCGGACCAUCUUGGCAAAGUGUGCAUUUUGAACUCGAAAACAAUCGGAUUUUGCCAUAGUGUCCACGAUCGUUUCAAUAUUAUACCACUUUUGUCGGAGUUUAUCAAGAUUUACCAUCUGGAUCGGAAGUACAAUCAGCCUGAUCUACAUGAUAGCGAACGAAUACGAAACCGUGCAUGGUGA